AUGCUGCUGCCGCUCCACCAUGUCCUCGCAGCGUCGUCCCUCGUCGCCUACACGUGCCUGCUGGUGACGCUCGCCGGCUUCAAGAUGCAGCUCUCACGCCUCCUCGGGCUCGAGGCGGCCAUGGCCUCCGCCGCCUCUUUCUCAGGGUCCGCUGCCGCCGCCACCUGCAACGGACACGACGAGCUCUGCGGGCGGCGCUACUCGGACGUGACGCUCAUCGGCUCCCACAACAGCGCCUUUGUCGGCGACUCGCCCGCCCACAACCAGUACGUGUCGGUGACGCGGCAGCUCGACCUCGGGGUGCGCUUCCUGCAGGCGCAGACGCAGAACAAGGGCGGCGUCAUCGAGCUGUGCCACACGUACUGCUGGGAGCUGGACGCGGGGCCCCUGACGGCGUACCUGCACGAGGUGGCCGCCUGGCUCGCCGCCCACCCGGCCGAGGUGUUGACGCUGCUCCUGACCAACAUCGACGCCAUCCCCGUGUCCAAGUUCGACGCCGCAUUCGACGGCGCGGGCCUGAAGCAGUACGUCUUCCGGCCGCCGCAGGGAGGAGGAGGAGGACGCCUGGCCAAGGACCAGUGGCCGACACUGGCGGAGCUCAUCGGCGCGGGCACCCGCCUCGUCGUCUUCAUGGACUACCACACGGACCAGUCCAAGGUGGACUACAUCAUCAGCGAGUUCGACUACUUCUGGGAGACGCCCUACGGCAUCACGGACAAGGCGUUUCCAACGUGCGCCGUCGACCGGCCCGCCGGGGGCGACCCCCAGAAGCUCAUGGGCAUCAUGAACCACAUGCUCAACUUUAAGGUCGGCGACAUUGUGUUCCCCGACCAGCUCGACGCGCCGCGCACCAACUCGCUCGACUCGAUACGGAAACAGGUCGACCUGUGCAAGAGCCAGGGCAGGCCGCAGCCCAAUGUGAUUCUGCUGGAUUGGGUCAACAUUGGCGAGGCGGAAAAGGCGCACUUGGUGUUGAAUGGGCUAGCAUGA